GUCUCAAGUGGAUUGACAAGAAAAUGAAGAUCAUUUAUUAUUUGCUGCUGAUUCUCAGAGUGGGGCGAUGCACAGAUGAUCAGAUCCUUGAAACAAAGACUGUUGGUGUUGGACAAAACGUGACUCUGACUUGUGCUCGCGACACAUCUCUCAUCCGAGAAACCUGGUUUUGGAUCAGAAUUGUUUCUGGAAACUUACCUGAAUUCUUGGGAGGAACAUUUCAUUUUGAUUAUGAUGAUAGUGAUGAGCCUCUUCGCAUUAAAACAAAACAAGAACCUGGAACAUUCCUGCUGCAUAUUCAUGAAGCAAAGCUAAGCGAUGCCGGACUUUACUCCUGUAUUAAAGUAAACCAACUUAAUUUAACAUUUUUAAAAGGAACAUUUCUGAGUAUUGGAGAACCUGAUAUCACUUUCAUCACUCAAGACUUCCCAUCUGCUCCGGUCCGUCCAGGACACUCAGUGACUCUGCAGUGUUCCGUCCUCUCACACUCUGAGAGGAGAACGUGUCCAGGAGAACCGAGUGUGUUCUGGUUCAGAGCCGGAUCGGAUGAAUCUCAUCCCAGUUUAAUUUAUGCCCAAAGAAGCAACAGUGCUGGAUGUGAGAAGAGUCCUGAAGCUCACUCUCCACAGAAAUGCGUCUACAGCUUCUCUAAGGACGUCACCUCCUCUGAUGUCGGCACUCAUUACUGCGCUGUGGCCACAUGUGGACAGAUAUUAUUUGGAAAUGGAACAAAACUGGACAUUAAGGAAACCGGCUUGGGGUCCUUAAGUGACAAUAUAUUUUCUGCUCCUGCUGUGUGCUGUCUUGGCUAUAAGUGUGAACGUCGCAGCUUUCCUCAUUUACGCCAUCAAGAAAAACAAGUGUGA